AUGCCAGCUGGCGAAUACUAUGGCACGGCCCUGGAGCGGGCCUCCGACGACCCGGUCGAUGACAGCGAGGUAGAGCUGAACCGCAUGAUAUCAAACAUUGGCUUCGGCAAGUUCCACCGGCGCAUCCUGGGCUUAUGCGGACUGGGGUGGCUCGCAGACAACAUGUUCAUGCAAUGCAUCGCAUGUAUCCUGCCGCGUGUGCAGCAGCACUUCUCUGUCAGCAACGGGCAGAUCGGCCUGAUGUCGUCGUCGAUGUUCCUGGGUCUGACCGGUGGUGCGUUGAUGUGGGGGCUGCUGUCGGAUCGGUUUGGGCGCCUGGUCGCAUAUCACUGGACACUGGUGGUAUCGGCGGUGUUUGCAAUGCUGGCGAGCUUUGCGCCAUCAUUCGGAGUCUUUUGCGCGUGCCUGUUUGGCCUUGGCACGGGUGUGGGUGGCAACAUGCCUGUGGAUGGCGCCAUCUUCCUUGAGUUCAUCCCACGUGAGAAGCGCCACCUGCUGACGCUGCUGAGUGUGUUCUUUUCAUUUGGGUCCGUGCUGACGUCGGUGCUGGCAUUGGCCAUCUUGCCGCCCUUCAGCUGUCCGGAUGACAGCCAGGGGUGCGAUGUGGGCAAGCUGAACAACGGCUGGCGGUACCUGAUGGCGACCUUGUCGCUUGUCACCAUGGCCAUGGUCGUACUGCGCAAUGGCUGGUUCAGCUUGUACGAGAGCCCCAAGUUCCUGCUGCAGCAGAACCGCCGCUCCGAUGUAAUAAUCGUUUUGAAGAAAAUCGUCAUGUUCAAUGGCGGCACGACCAAGGCUGUGGCCACCAGCCCUCGUAGCGGAGACCACAGCGACGGCCAGGACGUGGCUGACUUUGAGAGCUCGCUUAUCAGCCCACAGAUAAACCAGUCCAGCGACGAUAUUGCCAGACCCCCGUCACUCAGCAGCUCUGACGACAUGUCGUGGCUCGAAUGGCCCGAGGACAUUGAAGAGCCGGGGCGACCAGCCAGCCGGCCGCAAGCAAAAUCAAUCCAGAGCCGAAUUCGUGGCGCGCUUGACUUCCGCAGUCACAUGCGCUCGCUGGAGCCAUUGUUCACGCCUGAGCUCCGGCGCACAACAGUCUUAAUUUGGCUGAUUUGGUCGCUGGUGGCCAUGGGGUUCACAAUGUUCAAUGUGUUCUUGCCCAAGUUCCUCGAGUCGCGCAGCGCACCUGGUGCCCAGCAGCAGCAGCUGGCAGCAGGCUCACAUAGCAAGCAGACGGCAGUCUACCGGGAUGCGCUUAUCUACGCGGUCAGCGGCAUACCAGGGUCGAUCCUUGGUGCCUGGAUGGUUGACACACGGCUCGGCCGCAUCUACUCUAUGGCGAUAUCGACCUUCUUCGCUGGCCUGGCCCUGAUAACAUUUGCCAUGACUGCCAAGACACAUGUCGCCUGGCUUACAACCAUGUCGUCGUCAGUUUUUGGGCUGACAAGCUCGCUCAUGUACGCCAUCAUCUAUGCUUAUACGCCGGAGGUGUUCCAUCCUUCGGUACGCGGGACUGCCUGCGGAAUUGCAUCGGCCAUGGGCCGCGUCGCCGGAAUCAUCGCCCCGCUUGUUGCCGGUAUGCUGCUGGAAGUCAGCACCACGCUGCCGAUGUACCUGAGUGUUGCGCUGCUGUGGAUGUCCGCUGCUAGCAUGGUGGCACUGCCCAUCGAAACCCGCGACAUUGCCACAUAG